AUACUAGGGAGUUCGUUCAUACAAGCUGUAAUUAUAUACAAAAAGAAUACGCAACGAUUUCCAUAAACAAUUAAAUAUUAGCCGCGUUUUCACCGACGGUUGGUGUUGAGUUAUUAUUUUUUUUUUCGUUUUGAGUUGCGGUGGUGAUCAAUUUUUCGACAUUCAUUAUUGUUAAACUAUUUGGCUAUUGCGUUUGUGCGUCAACCGCAAAGAUAUACAACAAAAAAAAAAUUGAAAUAGUUUAUUGAUUAAUAGCCGGGCCAGUUAGUGCCAGUGAAAACAACGAAUUCCAGCAAACAUGGCGUUAAAAGUUUUGGUCGGCCAGAAGAUCAUGAACGAGGUGGUGAAGUACAAGCCGCCGCCACCGAAGAAAGCGGGCGCUGCAGCUGCUCCAAAGGCGGCCGGCGCAGGUGGGAUCGAGUGGCGUGUGCUGGUGGUGGAUAAGCUGGGCAUGCGCAUGGUCUCCGCCUGCACCAAGAUGCACGAGAUUAGCGCCGAGGGCAUAACAUUGGUGGAGGAUAUUCACAAGAAGCGCGAGCCGCUGCCCACAAUGGAUGCCAUCUACUUGAUAACGCCAUCGGAUGAGUCUGUGCGCUCCCUGAUACGCGACUUUGAGAAUCCGGCGCGUCCCAUGUACCGUUACGCGCACGUCUUCUUCACCGAGGCGAUACCGCCUCGCAUAUUCGAAAUGCUGCAAUCGCACAAACACAUUUGUCGACGCUAUGUGCGCACCUGCAAAGAGAUCAAUAUUGCCUUUUUGGCCUAUGAAGCACAGGUCUUCUCGCUGGAUUCGCCGGACACGUUCCAAUGCCUCUACUCGCCGGCAUUCGCCUCGAUACGCGGCAAGCAUAUCGAACGCAUUGCCGAGCAGAUCGCAACGCUGUGCGCCACGCUGGGCGAGUAUCCGAACGUGCGCUAUCGCAGCGACUGGGAUCGCAACAUUGAUCUGGCCGCUUCGGUGCAGCAGAAGCUGGAUGCCUACAAGGCCGAUGAGCCGACCAUGGGCGAGGGCCCGGAGAAGGCCCGAUCGCAGCUAUUGAUUCUGGAUCGCGGCUUUGAUUGCGUAUCGCCGUUGCUGCACGAGCUAACGCUCCAGGCGAUGGCCUAUGAUCUGUUGCCCAUUGUGAACGAUGUGUACCGUUAUACGCCCGGGCCCAAUCAGCCGGACAAGGAGGUGCUGCUGGACGAGAACGACGACCUGUGGGUGGAGCUGCGUCACGAGCACAUUGCUGUUGUCUCCACACAGGUCACACAGAACCUUAAGAAGUUUACCGAUUCCAAGCGCAUGAGUUCCGCUGACAAGUCGUCGAUGCGCGAUCUGUCGCAGAUGAUCAAGAAGAUGCCGCAGUAUCAGAAGGAGCUGUCCAAGUAUUCCACCCAUUUGCAUCUGGCCGAGGACUGCAUGAAAUCGUAUCAGAACUAUGUGGACAAGCUGUGCCGCGUCGAACAGGAUCUGGCCAUGGGCACGGAUGCGGAGGGCGAGAAAAUCAAGGAUCAUAUGCGCAACAUUGUGCCCAUUUUGCUAGAUGCGAAUGUGUCCAACUACGAUAAGGUGCGCAUCAUUUCGCUCUAUGUGAUGAUCAAGAACGGCAUCUCCGAGGAGAACCUGACCAAGCUGUUUACACACGCACAGCUGUCCACCAAGGAUCAGGACAUGGUGCGCAAUCUCAGCUAUCUGGGCAUCAAUGUCAUUGCCGAUUCACGCAAGAAGAUCUAUUCGGUGCCGCGCAAGGAGCGCAUCACCGAGAGCACCUAUCAGAUGUCGCGCUGGACGCCCGUCAUCAAGGACAUCAUGGAGGAUUGCAUCGAGGAUAAGUUGGAUCAGCGGCAUUUUCCGUUCCUCGAGGGACGCGCACAGAAUACCAAUUAUCAUGCACCGACUAGCGCACGCUAUGGCCACUGGCAUAAGGAUAAGGCACAGACGCAGGUUAAGAAUGUGCCACGCCUCAUCAUUUUCAUAGUGGGCGGCGUGAGCAUGUCGGAAAUGCGCUGCGCCUACGAGGUAACCAACUCGGUGCGCAACUGGGAGGUGCUGGUCGGCUCCUCGCACGUUCUCUCGCCCGAAAUCUUUCUCAGCGAUCUGGGCAGCCUCUCCAAGGAGGAUUAGAUGCCGUGCACCUAGAGUUUAAAGCAAGCUUAGCCAGCCCCUAAAUCUGUUAAUCGAUAUAUCUAUAUAUCAGCAUAUGCAUAUAUUUCUAUGAUAUAUCUAUAUAUGUGUUUGUUGUCUUUAGUUUCAUAAAAUUGUGUAGGCGUCUGUUCAUUUUGAUCAACCUACAGUAGACACACACAUUAUGUGCACCUCUUAACUAACUAGCCCACAAAACGAAAGAACAAUACAAAAAAAAACUUAUAUACUAUAUUAUAUACGAUAUAUAUACAUCUAUAUAAAUGUGCAGUCCGAUAUGUAAUGGAAAAGCGUUUACUUCUUCUAUAAAUAACAUUCUAUUAUCACACACUAUAUACCCUAUAAUUGUGAACUCGUAGCACACACACACAAACACACACACACACACAUAUAUAUAUAUAUAUGUAUAUUUUUAAAACAAUGUAUUUAUGUGUGCACACAAUGUUUACUAAUUCUUUACGAUAGUCCAAUGAUUAAAAGAGAAAACAAAUUUAAAGAAAAGAAAAAAAAUCAAUUAUGUACCCUGACAACGUUAACAACUCGAAUCAAAACUGUUUGUUGUUGUUUAUGUGCAUCAGAAUUUGACGAGAAUUAGUGAAAUGUAGUUAUGCUAAAAUUCUAAUUCAGUUGUUAAAUACAAAUCUAUAUAUAUAUAUAUAUAUAUAGAUAUAUUAACUUAACAGAGAACUUAAGAGAAGCCACUUUUAAAAGCCACAUAACAGCAAAAUGUUAAGCAUAUGUUAAAUGAGUUUAUCGAUUUAUCGAAAUGUAAUUACAAUUACUGCACUUUCACACACACACACACACAGCAAAGCGCGUCGCCGUGGUGAAAACUUGUGCUUCAAAUUUUGGCAAGCAAGCUGAGAGUUAGGAAAACCAUAAAUGAAGAACAAACUUUGAAAAGCAAUAUUUAAAAACUUGCAGUUACAGCAUUAAUAUAUAUAUAUAUAUAUAAAUAUAUAUAGAGUCUUUCAAUUGAAGCAAAUUUUGUGCGCCUUCCACAACUCGAACUACGUGUAUUCCAAGUCAAAUGCAAAAAACGAAAAACGAAAACAAAAUCAACUUAAACUUAACAUUUUUGAAGAAAUACUUUUGAAAUACUUGCAACAAGCUUUAAAUAACAUGUUAUACAAAUAUACAUAUACCUAAAACGAAGGCAAUGUUAAACGAUAACUAUUUAUACAAUAUACAAAGCAUUAUAUAGAUACCAAUUACCAUAUACAUAUACAUAUUCAUGCAUAUAUAUAUAUAUAUAUAUAUACUUAUACCAAUAUACUUAAUUCUUAUUGGCAAAGUAGCGACAAAUUGCAUUUACUUCAGUACAAUACAAACUUAUCGCAAUGCUACAAUAUUUCAAUCCAAUUACCGUACUAGCUGCACACACACACACACACACAUGCACAUGCGUGUGUGUGUUUGUGUGUGUGUGCGUGUGAAUGCAAUUUCAAACCAAAUGCAUUUUAUUUUUAUUAAUUUUUUUUUAUGUUUAUAAUAUUGUUGGAAAGUAUUCUAUUUGUAUUCUCUUUCUCUCGCUCUUUUUUUUUUUAUUUAACUUUUAAUAGUUAACAUUUGUUAUUAUGUAAUAAA